AUGGCGGUGGGCGCAGUGGCGGGCGGAGCGGGAGGCGGGCGGGGCGGGAAGGAGGCGGGCGGGGAGAAGGCGGCGAGCACGGCGCGGCUGCUGCGCACCGUGCUGAGCUGGGACUUCUUCCACAUGCUCGCGCUCUCCAAGGUGACCUCGGCGCACGAGCAGGUGAGGGAGAGGAAGCGGCAACCCAGGAAGCUCCCCCAACUCCCUGCUGCUGCUGCUGAUACUGUAGUGGAGGAGAAGGAGGGGGAGGAGAGGGAGGGUGAUGGGGCGAAGGAUGCUGCUUUGGCUGAUGCAGAGGCAGGCGGGGAGGCAGCAGCGGCGCUAGGGGCGCAGGGGGAGGGGAUGGAGGUGGACGGCGGAGAGGCAGGCGAGGGGGAAGGCGGGGCAGCAGCACAGGAAGCAGCAGCGGAAGAAGCCGCGGAAGCAGAGGAGGCGGCAGAGGCGGAGGGGGAGUUGGAGGGCGGGGAGGAGGAGGAGCUACGGGAGGUGCCGGUGCAGUUCAGCAGCGCAGAGGAGUAUGUGGACGUGUUUGAACGCCUGCUGCUGGAGGAGUGCCGCGCGCAGAUCCUCAGAGGGGCGGAGGAGCAAGCUCACAGACGGCCCUCCCGUGGGCGUGGACCACAGCGCCUCAGCACCACCACCUCCCCCGUGCCUCCCCAUCCGCCCCCUUAG